CUCGUCGGUCCCAAUGCGACGAUUGAGUCAUUCGGAGUUGCAUUCUCAUUGGCUCACGAGUUGUAAGAUUCUUACGCGCGCUGAUGGUUUCGGUUUAACAAGGUCUAUAUAACGGCGUGAUGUUGCCUCCCUGCAGCCAGAGAACAUCAUCAAAUUAUGAGCGGGUUCAAUUUCGAAUACUCGUUUCAAGAUGAACGCAACCAGGAACAGAAUGGAGAAGUUUGGGGUACGUCAAUGAUUGGCGGAGAGCUGUCAGCGACUAAAUCUCUACCUCUAGAAUAUAAUCUCGCGAUAGACCCUCGGCAAACCCUUCUCACACCCUCACCAUUUUCCUCUCCUCAGAUACCUCAUAACUAUUCGCCACCACCCCUAUAUCCACUCGAGCCUUCCCCUUUCUGCGUGCAAGGAUCUUCGCAUCCUGAUAUCCCGCCUCUGAUGCCCGAACUCUCCCCUCAAAUUCCGCCCCCACAGAUACCUCCAGCGCGGCAAUGCUCGCACUGCGGGACGACAACUACCCCAGUCUGGCGUCGAGAUCCCACAACGUCUCUUCCUCUGUGCAACGCAUGCGGUGUGUAUCUGUCCCAGCGCUCGAAACACCGGCCGCAGCGCCUCGUCGAGCUCGGGCAGGCCGAGCAGCAGCAGAGCGGGUCGCCGGAAGAUGCCGCGCUGCCUGAGGACGCGCGGCAGUGCUCCCAUUGUGGUACGAGGCGGACGAGCACGUGGCGGAAGAAUUCGGAGGGAAUGAGACUGUGCAACGCAUGCGGGGUGUAUGAGCGCCUGCAUGGGCGAGAACGGCCGCUCGAGUUGAGGAAUGAUCGGGUCAGGCCCAGAGGAAGUAGAUGACGAGAAGUACAGCGUAUAUACCCAGCCACGUAAUAGUGUUCGAUGAUAUCCUCCUCUCAAUGUACAGACACGUCCACACCUUCUUGCACACGUCAGCACGUGAUCGCGAUCGACGUGACCAUUGGCGUGACAACACGUUUCCUCUCCGACCACGUACAGUCCUCGUUGUACGCUGGACGAGCACCGCAGUCUUGGUCUCGAACACCAUCAGUGGAGCUUGCAAGUCGCCGCGAAACCGACUGCUCUGCGUAGAUCCUCAUGUCGGCAACACGAUAUCAACGCAGAAGGGCGCCUCGUGGUGUACGCGUUGUUGUUUCAGCAGAUAAUCGAUAGUAUCGCUCCUACAAUGACGCUGCGUGGGAGAUGGCUGAGACUUCCUCGAUGCAACCGCUAGGCUUCGGUGCGUGUGCGGAGUGGAUUCGUCGCUUAGCUUUGCUUACGCGUGCUUAUAAGCCACGCCGUGUCUGGCCUCGUCUCCCUCAUCUUCAUUGUCUCCCUUCACCACCACACAUCUGUUUUUUCUGCCCACUUUAUCCGGUCUUAUCCACUUCUUCAUCUUCUCUUAACCGACCAUGAGCAAACUCAUCGGCAAGUCGCCCAAGGUGGCCGCCGCCGCCCCGUCCCCACCACCCUCGCCGUCCCCGACACCGUCCAAGUCGGGCUUCAAGAACCGCAUGGGAGGUGUCAUGCGCCGCACGUCGACGAUCCUCUCUCUACGUCGGUCGUCCUCGUCCAUCUCCAAGAACUCAGAGGGCCGCCGAUCCAGCGCUUCCCUGGCCAGUGCCGCGCCGCCAGUGAGCACCCCCGCCGCUGAUGCGACUCCCGUCCCGGCUCUGUCGUCGCCCCUCGUCGCGCCCGCCGCCGCCAAGCCCAUCACUGAUGGUCUAAUCACCGCCGAGCCUGAAUCCGCCGAGCCGGAGCCGCUUUCCUUGGAAGCGAUCGUGCCUGAGCCUGCAUCGGAGGUCGUGGAACCCACCGUCGAGGCCGUUGCACCUGUUCCCGCCGCUGAGCCGGCUCCGGUCCUUGCCGAGCCCGAGCCCGAACCCAUCGCCGUUGCCGAGCCUGAGCCCACCGCCGUCGCUGGGCCUGAACCCAUCGUGGAUGCCGAGUCCGAAGUUGUUGCAGUUGCGGAUUCGGCACCGAGCACGGUGCAGCCGACAGUCGAAGUGGAGCUCGCUCCGUCCUCGGAGCCCGAGGCUGUUCCAGCGAUCAUCCCAGCUGUCCACGAGUCGCCGAAGAACCCCAAGCGCCUGCACCCGCUGGCUGCGGCGGCGCAGUACUGGAUGCACCCGAGUCCCAUCGCCGAGUCGCCAGCACGGGAGGAGGCUGCGAACAGAGAAGAUUUGGCGACUAUUGAGCAGGUUCUGCCUGUUGCGGAGAUAGCCAAGGUGGAGGAGCCGCAGGUGGUCGAGCAGAUGAGCGCACCCCAGAUUUCCAACGAGGAUUCGUGGAUUGCCGUUUCUCCGGAAGCAGCGCCUGUUGUUUCAGAGGACGCGUCUGUGCAGCCAGAGCAACCAGUUGACGCUGUACCUGCUGCAUCGGAACCCACUGUCGAAGCCAUCCCCACCGAAGAGUCUCCUGCCGCCCUCGUCGAUACGACCGCCAAACUCCCUGAUUCUGUUCCAAAGCCCGCACCAGCCAUCGAUGAUCUCCCUUCUCAGCCGAUUAAAGCCGAAGUGGAUACCACCGCAGUCGCGCCAGAGCCCCGACCGGUGAUCGCUGCUGCAGCUCCUCCUUCCACUGUGAUCUUCGUGCCGACUUAUCCAGCUGAGCGGCCUGCUCCUGGAGGGGUCGCUGCAGGAAACACGACCCGAGCUGUCGCCAACUCCGGGACACCGAGGUCCUCUCACGGGACUCCGAGGCCCGAGCCGUUUGCGAUGUGCGUUGUUUCUGUCGGUCUUGGGAGACGACAUAUCAUUCAUUCCAGAUUCAGUGCGUUUGCCGGGGUGAUCAGCAACCUGUCCGGGAUGCUGCUCGGGUUCCUGCGCAAGUUGAUUGGGUGAAUUCACUUGAUGUCCGACACGACACGACACGAUACGUUUCGACGACCACACGAUUAUGCCGCAUCACCGAUUCCUUCUUCUUGUUCUCUAUAUGUAACUUCACAUUGUCACUCUGGCACCCUCAUCACACAUGCACGCAUUCUUUCACGCACACGCUUUCCGUGUAACCUUUCUUGUGUACCCCAUUCAUUCAUUCAUCAUUGUACCUGCCCCAGUACCUCCUUAUGUAUGUUGUUGUUUUUUUAUGCAGUAGCCACGUGUUAGAUUAGAUGUUACUUAUCGAAACCUGUUGCA